AUGGAGCUUCCUGCCGUGGCUCUGUCGUUCAUCCUCGCACUGCGAGCAGCUUCGCUGGCCGCGGGCACCAAACUCCAGCCCCACAUGCCCAACGUCUGUGUGCAGCAGGAGCUGGUGGUGGUGGGGCAGAGGCUGCCCUGUGUGCAGAGCCUGGUCCGCACCCUCCGUGUCUGGAAGCAGGACUGCGGUGCCCGGCGCUGGUGCCCAGGCUACGAGCGCAGGACCUCCUACCACACAGGCUACAGGCAGCAGUACAGGCUGGAGCAGCAGAGCAGGUACCACUGCUGCCCGGGCUGGGCACAACUGGGGGCUGACCUUGGCUGCCUCUACCAUGCUGACGAGUGCCAGGUGCACAACGGGGGCUGCCAGCAGCGAUGUGUCAACACCCUGGGCUCCUACCGCUGCGAGUGCAGGGCAGGCUUCCGCCUGCAUGCCGAUGGCAGGACCUGCCUGGCUGUGAACUCCUGUGCCCUGCACAAUGGAGGCUGCCAGCACGACUGCGUGCAGCUGACACUGGCACAGCACCGCUGCCAGUGCCGAGCUGGCUACCAGCUGCAGGAGGAUGGCAAACACUGCACCUUGAGGAACCCCUGCAUGGAGAGGAACGGGGGCUGCAUGCAGCUCUGCCAGCAGCAGCGGGGCACAGCGCGCUGCCACUGCCACCCCGGCUACCGCCUGGCACCCGACGCCAAGAGCUGCGAAGACGUGGACGAGUGCCUGACUGGCCAGGCCCUGUGUGCUCAUCAGUGUCUCAACACCCAAGGCUCCUUCAAGUGCACCUGCAGCCCUGGCUAUGAGCUGGGGGCAGAUGGCAAGCAGUGCUACCGGAUAGAGAUGGAGAUUGUCAACAGCUGCGAGGCCAACAACGGAGGCUGUGCCCAUGCCUGCCACCACACCAGCGCUGGCCCAGCCUGCUCCUGCCGCUCCGGCUACCGGCUGGAGGAGGACCAGAAGAGCUGCACUGACAUCGAGGAGUGUGCCAGCAGCGCUCACUGCUGCCAGCAGGACUGCUACAACUACCCUGGGGGCUACGAGUGUGCCUGCCAGGCUGGCUACAGGCUCAGCACGGAUGGCUGUGGCUGUGAGGACAUGGAUGAGUGCUCCUCAAGCAAUGGGGGAUGUGAGCACACCUGCCAGAACCAGCUGGGCUCCUUCCAGUGUGGCUGUGACAUUGGCUACAGGCUGGAUGAGGACCGAAGGAGCUGCCUCCCUCUGGAGGACACCGUGGAGGCGCUGGAUGGGCGGCGCCCUGUGAUCCGCCCCAUCCCCCAUGUCGCCAUCCUGAGGGACGAACUGACUCAGCUCUUCAACGACGACUACGAGGAGGAGGAGGGAGAGGUGGAAGCCAGAGGAGAGCACACCCUGUCAGAAAAAUUCGUCUGCCUGGAGCACACCUUUGGUCCUGACUGCAGCCUGACCUGUGGGGACUGCCGGAAUGGAGCUCCCUGCAACGCGGAGGGGAAUGGCUGCGACUGCCCCGCAGGGUGGACUGGCAUCCUCUGCAACCAGACCUGCCCAGAGGGCACCUUUGGGAGGAACUGCAGCCAGAGCUGUGGCUGCCAGAACGGUGGCACCUGUGACCCUGCCACUGGCACCUGCCGCUGCCCGCCCGGCGUGGCUGGAGAGCUCUGCCAAGAUGGAUGCCCCAAAGGAUUUUAUGGGAAACAAUGCAGGAAAAAGUGCAACUGUGCCAACCGGGGCCGAUGCCAUCGGAUCUACGGAGCCUGCCUGUGUGACCCUGGCUUGUACGGACGGUACUGCCACCUGGCUUGCCCCAAGUGGGCUUUCGGUGCUGGGUGCUCCGAGGAGUGCCAGUGCGAGCAGGAGAACACCCGGGACUGCGACAAGAGGGACGGCUCCUGCCGCUGCAAGCCCGGCUACCGCGGCAAGCGCUGCCACACCCGCUGUGACCCUGGGUACUACGGGGAUGGCUGCAAGCAGAAAUGCAGCUGCCCUCCCGAGGUGCCCUGUGACCAUGUCACCGGAGAGUGCAGGAGAGAAUGUCCCCCAGGCUACCACGGGGACAGCUGUGACCAAGAGUGCCCAUGGGGGACGUUUGGGGCAGGCUGCCAGGGGUCCUGCCUCUGUGGUGGAGCCUCCUGUGACCCUGUCAGUGGGCACUGCCUCUGCCCACCUGGCUGGACCGGACAUGACUGUGGCCAAGCUUGCCCUGAGGGUCGCUGGGGCCUGGGCUGCCAGGAGAUCUGCCCUGAGUGUCUGAACAAUGGCAGCUGUGACCCUGCCAUGGGAGCCUGCCGCUGCCCCCCCGGCUACACUGGGCACCGCUGCCAGGAGGUGUGCCCUGCAGGCUGGUUUGGGCCAGGCUGCCAGCUGAGAUGCCACUGUGGCAACGAGGGACAUUGCCACCCUGUGACAGGGACCUGCAGCUGUGCACCAGGCUGGACAGGCCACAACUGUCAGAGAGCCUGUGACGCAGGUCGCUGGGGCCCCGACUGCGCCCUCCGCUGCAACUGCAGCAACAGCGACGGCAGCUGCAGCGCCGACACCGGGAGGUGCCUCUGCGACGCCGGCUACAGGGGCAACCGCUGCCAGCAGAAGUGCCCAGCAGGGUGGUUUGGGCCGAGCUGCCGGCAUCAGUGCCAGUGUGACCACGGAGCUGCCUGUGACCACGUCAGUGGUGCCUGCACCUGCAGCCCAGGCUGGAGAGGGACCUUCUGUGAGCUCCCCUGUCCUGAUGGAUUUUAUGGCCUGGAGUGCCAGCAGGCCUGCCACUGCCUCAAUGGUGCCAGCUGCGACCACAUCACCGGCCAGUGCCACUGUGCCCCCGGCUGGGAAGGGCCCCACUGUGCCCAGGCCUGCCAGGGGGACAGCUAUGGCCAGAACUGCAGCCAGAGGUGCAGCUGCUUCAACAAUGCCACCUGCAGCCACAUCAGUGGCCACUGCCUGUGUGCAGCUGGCUGGAUGGGACCCACCUGCCAGCAAGCAUGCCCAGAGGGGCUCUAUGGGAAGGGCUGCCACCAGCACUGCCUCUGCCAGAACGGUGCCACCUGUGACCCUGCCACGGGGCACUGUGCUUGUGCCCAGGGCUGGACGGGGCUGGCCUGUGAGCUGCCCUGUGCCCAGGGCCAGCACGGAGCAGACUGCCAGCAGCGCUGUGAGUGCCACCAUGGGGGGCUCUGUGACCCCCAGCACGGCCACUGCCUGUGCCAGCCAGGCUGGAUGGGAGAGAAGUGCCAGAGCUCUUGCCCAGAAGGGCUGUUUGGAGCAGGCUGUGAGCAGCACUGUGACUGUGGGCACAACGUCUCCUGCCACCACGUCACUGGCACUUGUGACUGCCCCCCUGGCUGGAGGGGCCUGCGCUGUGAGAAAGCCUGCCUGCCAGGUUCCUUCGGGAAGCACUGUGCCAGUCGCUGUGCCUGCCCCCCGGGAGUGCCCUGCCACCACGCCAGCGGCCGCUGCGGCUGCCCGCCCGGCUCCAGCGGCCCCGCCUGCGAGCAGGCCUGCCCUCCAGGGACCUUCGGCCAGGACUGUGCUCACAUCUGCCAGUGCGCUGGAGCCAUCCAGGAGUGCCACCCUGUCACUGGGCAGUGCCUCUGUGCUCCUGGCUUCCACGGACCCGCCUGCCAGCUGGAGUGCUCCCCUGGGUGGUAUGGCAGAGACUGCCAGAGGCCCUGCCAGUGCAGGAAUGGAGGCCUGUGUGACCCUGCCACGGGGACCUGCCACUGUCCUGCUGGCUACAUCGGUGCUGACUGCAGUGUGGAAUGCCCUGCAGGGCACUACGGUGAGGACUGCACUGGGCUGUGCCCCUGCGGGGAAGGUGCCACCUGCCACCCUGCCACUGGAGCCUGUGUCUGCCCCCCAGGAAGGACUGGUCCCACCUGUGAGCAAGCCUGUGAGAAGCACCAGUAUGGGGUGGGCUGCCAGCAGACCUGCUCCUGCCACAACGGGGGGCUGUGUGAUGCAGCUGAUGGCUCCUGUGUGUGCCCCCCGGGCUGGAUGGGGACAUCCUGUGAGUUAGGAUGCCCACUGGGAAGGUUCGGUGCCAACUGCCAGCUGCCCUGUGCCUGCCUGCACAAUGCCACCUGUGACCCAGGGACAGGAGCCUGCCACUGCCCCAAGGGGCACUACGGUCCCCUGUGUGAGCACAGCUGCCCCGAGGGCUUCCACGGAGCUGGCUGCCAGCAGCGCUGCGACUGUGGGCACGGAGCCAGCUGCGACCCAGCCACUGGCCGCUGCCAGUGCCCCCCUGGCCUGGCUGGAGAGCGCUGCCAGACAGGCUGCAGGGAAGGGACUUUCGGCGUGGGAUGUCAGCAGCUCUGCGACUGCCCUGGGGGUGUGCCCUGUGACCCGGCCACGGGGCGAUGCCAGUGCCCCCCUGGCAAAACUGGCACCAAGUGUGGGUCAGACUGCCAACCAACCCAGUAUGGCCCAGACUGCAGCCUGCCCUGCCAGUGUGCCCCCAGCAGCUCUUACUGCAACGCCCGGAACGGGCACUGCCUCUGCCUCCACGGGCACACAGGACCCACCUGUCGGGAAGGUCAGUAG